AUGGUGACCGAAUCGCCGCCGAUUCAUAUUCGAAAUGACACACAACCAACAGAAUUGCAACGCAUUCUGCAAGCCACCACUACGACCAGCACGACGACCACCACACCACCCCAAGCCACACUACUCAUGUGCCUCACGCUCUAUUGUCUGAUACUGAAUACCGCUAUUGUGCUGUUAACAUUUUUCUGGCACCGAAUUCCACGUCGACAAGGACGGGUUUGCUCAAAUAAAAACUAUAAUGCCGAUCAUAACCAUGGCUCUGGUCGCAGUUUGCUUGGUUGUACCAGGAAGGAACCACAUCGUAGAAACCAGCAUGCUGCAUUCAGACAAUCCGCGUUUAAAUGUAGCAUAAAUUGCGGCUGCUGUCUGUACAGGACGGUAUGUUUGUAUCGUCGUGGCUGUUAUCCAAAGCGUACAAUCUCAGAAAAGACCGAUAGCCCGUUUCUUGGUAGUCAAACGUUCCAGCCAGAUGAAGAAAACGAAAUGCCUUCGUUGCGUAAUCAACCAAACCCGAUAUCGGACAAUGUUUGUUUGCCAUCAUCCGCUGGGCCAUAUAAUUCCAAUGGUGUGAAUAAAACUGACUUUGAUGCAAGUCAACUGUUCCUUAUUGGGUUAAUUGCAACGUUUGAUUCUUUGACCAUCACGGCCGAAUACUUCAUUCCCGCCGUGGUCAUGUUCGAUCAUGUUCGAAGUAGCAUCAGCUAUAGAACAGAACUCAAUCUCGGCUGUAGACUAACUUUCAUGUUGAUCACAUUCUCACAUUUAGUCACCCAGUGGAUACUCGUUGUGUACGGCGCAGAACGUAUUUUGGCCGUUGGACGGCUGUGGAGGUCUAAUCGGAAUAGCCACCGAAACGAUCUGGAAAGUCAACAAUGUCCCCCCUAUUCCAAUGCUGUGUUGAACACGCUCAAAUUGAAAAUCGGAAUGAGUUUAUUCAUCGCUUUGUCAUUCUCCGGCAUAUGCAACUACAUAUGGAUGAUUGGAAAUGUUACUCCGAUUGAAUAUCAGUUACCCAAUGGCUCUGUCGUUAUGCAACUGGAAUUAUCGUGCAGUCUACGUCAAGAAUACUAUGUAUUUUACGUGAAAUUUCUCGUCUAUGUGGAAUUCAUUCUCCUUGUGAUCAUACCUAAUUUCCUUCUCAUUAUUUGUACGUUUGUCAUUCUGUUUUAUUCCAUCAAGGGCUUGAUUUACGUUUUUGUGCGACGAAGAAACACCAAUUGUGCAUCACAUUCGAACUCAGAGAAUCCAGUUAACACAUUACCGAAUCAUCAGACUACACAAGUGACAUCAGUGGCGACAUCCGUGAUGAUUAAACAUUUUUCUGUUACCGAUCGCAGCUGGAUUAACAUAUCCACAGCAAUGUUCAUUGCCAACUCAGUUAUCCGAAUUAGCCUGAGCGCGGGUAAAGAUCUGGACACAUUCUCGGCAGUUUUCCUCGGAUUAAAUCACAACACACCACACAACUAUAUAUACACAAUGUCCCUUUGGCCAACAAUUUCGACAGUGAAUUUGGCGCUGCUCUGUAUCUCUUUGUGCAUCCCGAAGAGGAGGAGGCGAACCAUCAACUAA